GAGGAAUAAGACUACAAUUGAAGUGAAACGACCAACCACCAAUCAAUCCUUAGUUUCUUAGUGCUGACAGGACGGGACAUAAGAAAGCACUAGUGCAACGCUCUCGGCUGCUGUCAACUUUAUUUGCCGCGGGGAAAAUAUGCAUAAUACCGAGUAUAGAGUACAGUGCAUAUCAGUGCAUGCAGCAAUUAAUACGAGGAACUACUUAGUAGAGAAUAGUUCCAUUGUAAGCAAACAUAAUGUUGAGUCAGAUUGCUGAGUUGGUUUUACCCCCACGACUCAGGCACUUUUCUUCGGUCGGCUUUCCCCCCUUCUCUUUUCCCCUUUCACUUUCUUCUCUUUUCUCCUUCUGUCCGUUUCCGGCCCUUGCUUUGCUGCUUGUAUAUAUCCAAGCAUUGUCCUUUCCUGUAUCCUCUGCUCAAAAUCCAGUAACCGAUUAUCCAAAAUGACCAUCGUCCCUCUCAGCGCUCCCACCGGUGCCACCACCACCACAGCCGGCAAACUCCCUGUCCCCCUCCUCAUCAACAACCAAUCCAUCAUCACAGGCAACCAAUUCAACGUCCAAAACCCCGCAACCAACCAAGUGGCCGACCUCUGCGUCGGCGCCACCGUUGGCGAUGCCCUCCGCGCCGUUGACUCAGCCAAGGCUGCCUUUGCGCCCUGGAGCAAGACCACCCCUUACGCCCGGCGUGACAUCCUGCUCCGCGCGGCGGAUAUCAUGGAGUCGCGGAAGGAGGAGCUGAUCGCGUACCAGAUUGAAGAGACCGGUGCUGGACGGUUGUUCUCGGAGAAGACGUUCGAUUUAGGAGUUUCGUUUAUGAGGGAUACUGCGGGGAGGAUCCCGUCGAUCGAGGGUGCUGUGCCGUCUGUUUCGGAGAAUGGGGAGACGGCGAUGGUUUUUAAGGAGCCGUAUGGUGUGAUUUUGGGAAUUGCGCCUUGGAACGCUCCGUACAUCCUCGGAACCCGCUCUAUUAUCCUCCCCCUCGCAGCCGGAAACACCGUCGUCCUGAAGGGCUCCGAACUCUCUCCCAAAUGCUUCUGGGCGCUUGGUGAUAUCUACCGGGAAGCCGGUCUUCCCGCUGGCUGCGUGAAUGUUGUAUAUCACAAGACUUCUGAUGCUGCAGCCGUGACCAAUGCGCUUAUCGCGCACCCGGCUGUGCGGAAGAUCAACUUCACCGGAAGUAGCCAUGUUGGGUCGAUUGUUGCUGCUACUGCAGGUAAAUAUAUCAAGCCGGUGCUGCUGGAGUUGGGUGGAAAGGCAGCGGCUGUUGUUUUGGAUGAUGCCAAUAUGGAACAAGCGGCUAUGGCUUGUACUUUGGGUGCAUUUUUGCAUUCCGGCCAAGUCUGUAUGUCCACCGAGCGCAUCAUCGUACAGAGCUCAAUCGCAGACAAAUUCCGCAAACUGCUCGCAGAAACCGCUGAAAAGGUCUUUGGCGAACACGCCCCUGCUCCCGUCCUCGUCGCUUCUGCCGCAGUCGAAAAGAACAAGAAACUGGUCGCAGAUGCCGUCUCCAAGGGCGCCUCCGUGCUCUUCGGUAACCCUGACGCCUCCGAGACAAACCCCUACAGCAUGAGACCCCUGAUCGUCGACGGCGUGACCAAGGAAAUGGACCUCUACGCGACAGAAUCUUUCGGCCCAACCGUUUCCUUGAUCGAAGUCGACACCGAGGAUGACGCUGUUGCUUUGGCCAAUGACUCCGAGUAUGGUCUGACCUCUGCUGUCUUCACGGGUAACCUCUUCCGGGGACUGCGCGUGGCUAGACAGAUUGAGUCUGGCGCUGUGCAUAUUAACUCGUUGACUAUCCAUGAUGAACCUGUGUUGCCGCAUGGUGGGUACAAGAGCAGUGGAUUGGGACGAUUUGGUGGAACAAAGGGGUAUGAGGAGUUUUUGCAGACGAAGACUGUUACUUGGAUUGAGCCUUGAGUUUGUUGUGACAGCUUUGCAGGACUUAUAUAUAGCGUAUAGUUGUAAAUAAGCGAUGAAUGAAUGAUACCCUGGGUUUAUAUAUGUUAUUCUGUUGGUAUUCACUUAGUGACUGGUGCGUUUAAUGAAUGGAUGAAUUGG